AUGUACCGCUGGCUGACCGGGCUUGAGCCUAACGGAAAAUGGAUGUCGUGGUUGACGAGAGAGACGCUGGAGCAGUUUAACACAUAUGCCGAUGCUAAGGCACAUCUGAUGUCUACGCCAAUGCUUUCACCAGUGUACUACAUUCUUGGUGGCCUGAACCCAUGGGAGGGCUCCAUUAUCACGCGUAGCCUGAACGGCACCGAUCUGCUCACCGAACUUGAUCCCAACGACAAGACAACUGGAUGGUACUUACUUGAGACGAAUUACGAUCAGGAUAAACCGACUUUAUAUUUGGACGAUCGUCGGACACCUGGCAAUAGUUGCAUGCAGAAGCUCAGUCAGAAAAACGUCAACUUCCAGGGUAUUUUCAACGUUUUGUCGUCGCGCACCAAUCUUAACAAACUGACUACCUACACCGUGCUGAUGGAUGUGCAAAACGGUCGCUUCGAAACGAUCAUGCAGUCCUGUCCCGGCUACUGCUGGCCCUUCUAA